AUGCAGACCUUUCCCCCAUGCACCCUUGAUGCCAUCCUCCAGGUCGGUCGUUCUGCCUUGACAACCGUCAAGGACCUACCCCUGGAUAACACUAAGGAAAACCUCCUCCUCUCCAACUACUUCUACACCCAUGUUGCUAGUGAGUGCAAAAACAUCCUCCUCUCCCAAGCGCAUGGAUUGCGUACUUUGAUGGCGCCGAUGGAACCCUCCGGCAAGUCAUCUGCGCUAGGCAGCAGCGUCAUCUCUAUUGCACGCGACGACCUCGCUCAAGAAUGUCAAGCCCGGCACCUUCACGACGCCCAAUACUCUGCCCACACUGCCUUGGCCCCCGAUAGCACCGACCCCCCAGAGGAAAUCCACUGGCCUAGUGGGGACGGAGUGUUCACCGAAGUCAAAAAGUUCUUCCCUAUCUACCCUGGUGCCAACAUCCCACCGAGCCUUAAGCUAUCCACCGCCCUUGGGGGUCGACGCCAAUGA